AUGGUUUUCCUGCCUCGAGAAAUCGCUGCCUAUGUGAUGUCUACUCAGAGUCUCCAACCAUUUGAACAACCUGAGCUUCUGCCUGGAGAUGCUCGCUGGUUCCUUCCUUGGUUUUGUACUGCUGAGCAGCGAUCCCUGGCAGUCUACCAUAAGAUUUCUCCCUCUGGAGUGGAAAUCGAAGAUGAUUCCAGGACAAAGAAAGAAUCAAACUCGGAGUUGAUGUUUGGAGCUUUGGUCGACCGAGUUAGAAAACCAGAAGACCAUGUUGGUCAGUCCCUGUUCAUCGUCUUUCUCAAGAGUACACAUUGCUGCGAGAAUUUCCAACUAAAGUCCCAUUAA